AUGAAUUCAGUUAUUUCAUAUAAUGCAUUAUCCACAGUCCCUACAAUAGAACAAGUGGUCCAAAGUAGAAAUAACAAGAUAAAGAAUACAUAUGAUAUACCUGUUUUGAUAUUUGAUUUUAAAUUAUUUUCAAUUAGUGGUUCAAUUAUAUUUUCCGAUUUAAAUGAAAUUAAGACUUAUACUGUACUUAGAGCAAAUCAAUUACCACCAAGCAUGAAAAAAAAUCAUAGUUUAAAAGAUACUCUAUUACCAUUGACUAAAUUAUUAUCUUGUUCAUUAAAUCCAUCUCAAUAUAAGAAGAUGCUUCAAAAUGUUAAAAUUCCACCCAUUGGGCUUUUGAUCGGGAGGAUCAAUUUUGAUUUACGUGCAAAAAAUAAUAGGUUUCUCGAUGGUUUAUUAAAUGAGAUUAAAAUUAUAAAUAAAGAGAAUGUCGAUAGUGUAAUUGCUGGUAUUGAGUCUCAAUUUACUUUGUUGUUAAAAAGAUUGAAGGUAGAAGCGUCAAGUGAGAUUUAUAAUCACGUUAUUGAAGCUUAUGAUUUAUUGAGAUUUGAAGAGAAGGAAGAAUCAUGGGAAACCAAGUUUGAAAGACUAAGAGAAGAAGCACCAGAUGAAUUUGAUAAACAAAUGAGAAUUUACACUCAAAAGAGAAUGAACGAAGAUACAAGUCAUGAAAAUGAUCAAGUUAUGAAAAAGCCAAAGAACGGAUUACAAAAUGAAUCAAGUAAGAAAGAUGGUCAAAUUUGUAAGAAAGAAAAUAAUGAAUCUAGUCAAGAUUCAAAAAAAACAAAGACUGAAUCUCCAGAUCAAAGUAUAAAUACAUCAAUAGAAUCUUCAAACGUAUUAAGUCAAGAUAAACUCCAUCAAAAAAGUUCAUCACCACAAGACCAGGAAGAAACUCAAAUAUUAUAUGCAGGUAAUUUAUACAACUCACAACUAAUGUCACAAUUAAUCACUAUUGAAAAAAUUACCAUACCGGAACUAAUACACUUAUCAACAUUCAAUGUCAUGGAUCGAGUAUUUAUGAUUCGAGUAAGUAUAUCCUCAAUGAUUCCAAACAUACCUGUUGAUAUAAUUAAAAAUCAAAUUCAUCUUAUGCCAUUCAAAAUAACUGUCCUUGAUGAAUUUAAAAAUAAACUAGAGGUAAAAUUAGAAUAUCAUGAUCAUUUAUUACAGUUUUUUCAGAUUCCAAAUUGUAAAUCUUCAAAUUUUAGUCCCUUAAGAAGUAAAUUAGAUUCAAGUAUUAGCAAUAGAUCCAAAUUGAAGAGCUUGAAGAUUCGAUAUUAUAAAGAUUACUGGCAGUUGUUAUCAUUACUCGAUGAUAUUGCAUAA